GCGACUUUCCUUGGUAGGAAACGCCAUCUACUCUCUUUAUGACCCUUUGCCUAUUUUUUAUCUUCUCGUCUUCACCCCCUAAUUUGAUACUUCUGGUUCGACAAAUGGGCAAUUACUAUCUGCUGAUUGAGAACUCCUCUAGACUACUUCUGGAUCAAAUCCCGAUUGUGUCCGAUAAGAACUUAGAAGGGGGGAGGGGGAAACCAAAAGAAAUGUUAAUGGAGGGGAGGGACACAUCAACACCGACUUGCGACAAUCACUGUUGAUCAAAAUUAACGCCGGCUGGUUUGGUGCAGGAUGCAUUACGCAAGCAGCCCGCUAGGCCAAGCACUGUCUUACCCGCGUUCAGCGGCCACUUGCUCAUAGCGCCGCCGCAAAGGUCCCUUGCGGGUGGGGAAUGCGGCGA